AUGCGCCAAGCUAGGCAGAGCGGGCGCACUCCCCCACCGCCUAUUGGAAAGCGCCGUCCGCUUUCCAAAGGGGUGGACACGCCACCCGUUCCGAAGUUGCUGACCCCGCGCCCGCCGCGUAUUAGCUCUGAGAGUGAGCAGGACAACUUUGCACUUGAGCCUCAGUCCAGCUCCACCAACACCAAAAGGGUUGCAGAAGCUGUCCAUGACUUCUGGAAGACCUUGCGGCCUGGGAGCACGCACCAGAUGUCGACAGAGCCCCGCUGGAGAUUCAGUCCUCUGGCUAGAGAUCUGGAAGCCAAGCAGAAGAGCAAAUUGAACCGACCACAGUCCAGCGAGAAACAUCCGGUGCUAUCCUCGCCUCGUGAACCAAAGCGCAGUAGCGGUGAGCCACAGCUAUCUCCAGAACAAAGGACCCCUCGCCAGGCCGUCGAGGCAGCAAGUCCCCGACAAGACAGACGAGCGGGGGGAGGUUCAGACGUGCGCCAAGUGCUCUCCUCGACCGUACGACGUUCUGCAACACCGCCAACAGUGGCUUUGAUGGCAGGUUUGCCGUGCCAUUAUGGUGAGGCAGGCAAAGUCAGAGACAGCAUUGCAAAUGAAACCGAAAGUCUGUCGGACAGCGAUUACUGCCGUGGAGACGUUGGGAGAACUGCCGUUGACAGUGAUAAGCAGAUAGAGUCGGAGACUUCAAGACCGCAACUCUGUGAUCCGUCGAGUCAAACACCACGUGUUCCAGAUGAGCUUGCAGUCAGCCAGGCAUCCGGCGGAAUGCAAGGCUCUGACAGCAAGCAGGCGUGCACGGAGGAUGCAGAGACCCAGGUUGUCCGCACAGAAAAUGAGCAGUUGUCUGUGAAAGUAGAGGAGGCCCAAGACCAAAGCUGCAACGGAGAAGAGUUCUCCAAUGCUGCCAGGGCCGCAGAUGCACAGGGGACACGAGCCGAACCACUCGACUUUCUGCAGCUUUCAAAGACUCAACUGAGCCAGUCAGGAGGAGGGCAGGCAACAGCAAGCCUGAGCCGAGAUCACUUCGAAUCUGACGAUCCAUUGGUGACGCAGCUCUGGGUAGACUGCAAGAGCUUACGUCAAGAAAUGACCGAACUGCUGGAGAUUGUACAGCGCACGUGCAAGAGAUGCCGAGUCGCACCGGCUAACCUCACUGAUUUGACACCAAGAUCUCGUGGGAUGUCACACAAGUCGGAACUGCGGAAGCUUGUUGAAGCAUUGUGCCAAGCUCACGAAGCCGCAGUGGCAGGCGCGGAGAUCACGGAUUCCCAAAUUCAGAGAGCCUCGUCACCCGAGUGCUCGAAGCGCCGCCAGUCAUCUGCACCGGCUCGUUCUGGCCGCUCAGGGCAGAGACGCCCUGCCGAGACUGUCGGCGAGUUGACGCGGGAAGUUGAGUAUCUUCGAGACAAGCUGCAGGCGGCAGAGGCUCGGGAGGCAGCGCUGAGCGAGCGCUGCACGGCUCACGAGGGCUUCUUGGAGGUGCCUAGAUCCGAAGGUGCACCAGAGCGAGCUCCAGAACCAGAGCUGACAAAAGCAACUGACUCCGUCCUCCAAGCAUCAGGUGACGAAGGACAGGUGAAGCCGAUGAAGCAAGCUCUUGACAAGGCGUCGCGAGCGUCUUCUUGGGCUUCCUUGGACUCUGGGGCGCAGCUGCUGCAGAUGGCUCGUGACAAGAAAGCUGAGGUAGCACAGCUUGAAGUGCUCAGUGAAAACACCCCUCCUGGAAGCGAAGAAUGGAUCCAGGCAGCAACUCAACUGGCGGCGGCUCGUGAAGAGCUUCGCCUGCUCGGCCACUGGGCAUCCCCAAGAUUCAAUCUGCGAUUGCGCAAUGCCGCCACUGUCCCUGCCAGCUGA